UUUAUACACUAGUGAAGAGUUGUCCAUGCUGCAACUGGAAGCAGAUUGAUGAGUAAUUUGGUCAGUUAAAUUCUUUGUUCACAAGACAUGAUCUAAUGUCAUAUCCACACAGAGGACAGUGUUGUGCACCCACGCCUUGCAUAAAAGGGUCUUUUUUUUGCAAUUGAAAGGACAGAGGUCAAUCUAUUUUUGAAAAUCUUGAAGAACUGUGUGUAAGUGUUGUUUAAGUGAGAAAAGAUGGUAACAUUAACGCAUACUAUGGUUUCCUGCUUACAUCUAAACUUUACACCUGCCCACUGAAACAGGAAACGAAUACGCAUGCUAGUGAACAAACAGAUAUGUUUGGCGAUGUGUGCUCACUGUAGUCUGAGGGGAGCAGAGCAACAGAAGCAGGCAGAUUUUAUCCAACAUUUUCAGCGUAGAGUGGAGGUUUGGAGACAAAUUCCAUAAGUUACAGAAGACGCCGUGCCAUGCUGCAUCCUUUUUGAGAAUCAACCUACGCCGUCUUCUUCGAGCUGACAAAUAAUCCGCCUGCCACGAUGAACCAGACUAACUGCAGCGAACCAACAACAGAGUACCAGUAUUACUUUUUCCCAGCGGUCUACAUCAUCACUUUAGUCAUAGGUCUGCCAGGAAAUCUGCUUGCCCUCUUCGUCUUCGCCUUCAAGACCACCCCGCGCACCGCCUUCAGCGUCUACAUCAGCAACCUGGCUCUGGCUGACAUCAUCAUCCUCUGCAUCCUGCCCUUUAAGAUCCACUACCACCUCAACAAAAACAACUGGGUGUUUGGACCGGUCGCCUGCACGGUCACGGGGAUUCUGUUCUAUGCCAACAUCUACUUGAGCAUCUGCUUCAUGACUUGCAUCUGCGUGGAUCGUUACAUGGCCACAGUGCACCCGCACACCUAUCUGAGGAUGCGGAGCCCCACCGGCUCUCUGGUGGCGAGUGCGGUGCUUUGGUUCAUCGCCGGGGUGGCCGUCCUGGUCUUUAUCGUCAUGGGACCCCUGCAGCUGAACCGGGUUGAUGAUGGUACCCCUGAAGCAUCAAGAGUCCACACCUGCUUUGAGAACUUUACCAAGUCGGAGUGGGACAAACGUGUGGCACCGUACAGCGUGGUGUGUCUGAUCUUCGGCUCCCUGCUGCCCUCCUUGAUCAUCCUGGUGUGUUACCCUCUGGUCGCGAAGCGCAUCUCCGCGAUAAAGACUAAAACAGCCCAAAAGGCUGUGAAGGUCAUUUACACCAUCCUGGCCAUCACGCUCUUCUGCUUCCUGCCCAACCAUGUGGUGUACCUGCUGCACGUCCUCUGGCGGUUGGAACACAUCAAGAACUGCUCGGCUGGCUAUGCCAUCUACCACGCCCGGCGGGCCACCAUGGCACUCGUCACCCUCAACACAUGCCUGGACCCCGUGCUCUACUACAUGACCACCAGCUACUUCAAAUGGAAGCGCUUAAAGAUGACGUGGCUGUGGGGAACAGUGACUGGGAGGAGGGGGAUUUAUACCAUAUCAGUGGACAAAGAGCUGUAACAGCGCAUGUACUGUAAAUACAACUGUAAAUAAAGCUCUG